AGCAGGAGCUGACACAGAAGAUGCAGCAAAUGGAGACCCAGCAUGAGAAAACUGUAAAUGAAUUGGAUUCAUUGCUGACCUCCCAGAAUGCAUUCAUAGCAAAAUUAAAGGAAGAAUGUUGUAUGUUGGCAAGGAAAUUGGAACAAAUGUCAGAAAAAUACAGAUCUGAAGUCAACCAGCUUAGUCAGGAAAAAGAGUAUCUUCAUGGCAGAUUGGAGAAGAUGCAGAAACGGAAUGAUGAAUUGGACCAACAAUGUAUCCAGCAUGGGAGAAUGCAUGAGAGGAUGAAAUCGAGGUUACAGCAGCUUGACAAGCACUGCCAGGCCACUGCCCAGCAGUUAGUGGAGUUGCUCAACAAACAGAAUCAGCUCUUCAAAGAGAAGCAGCUGCUGACAGAAGAGGUGCAGUUUCUGCGAACACAGGAAAAAAAAUGGGAUGCAGAUCUCAAACAGGACACAGAUGGAAUCAAGUAAAAACCUGGAUGGAUGAAGAGAAAUGAGCAGAA